AUGCUGGAAGUAGUUAUCCAAAAAGACUAUAUCUCAAGGAUCCAACCUUGCCGUCAGCGACAAAAAUCAAACGACGACUCAGUUCAAGCAAAUCUCAAAAUGGGCUGGGCUGCCGCCUCCAACCCCCAUUCUAUGACUUCAGAUUGGCCAUUCAAAAACCGAAGCACAUGGGACGGAUACCAACGCUUCACCGAUUUCAUGAACCUCUACCCUGUCUUUCCGCGCCAGCCGCUGCCUAGUCAUCCAAAGUCCGAUAAAAUCCCAUAUAUGUCCCAAUGGUCGGUGAACCGCUUUAUCAUCGUCUUUGCUGCCAUGCCCAUGUUGCUUCACCAGGCUUGGGUUUUCUUGACGGGGCGCUGUCUUGAGAAACGGACCACGUUCGUCCUCUAUAGUGGUGCAUAUGCGUUCAAUAUUGUCCACCUUCUUCGUCUGCUACGCCGUGGGCUGUACAAGUACGGCUGUUUUGAUGGAGAUCUGGCUGAUCGAGAUGGUAUACCUAACUCUGCCGUCGGGAGGAUACUGGGUGCUCUGUGCAAGGUCGCAGGCUCUCGCGUUGCUCUAGCCGUGCUCAUCACUUACAGCCCUGACAUCUCGCCUCUCGCUGCUAUCAGCAACUUCACGUCAUGGGUGCCGUUCCUCGUUAAGCUAAGCUUCUACGGCAUUGCUCUCGACCUCUGGUUUUACAUCUACCACCGCGCCUGUCAUGAGGUGUCUUUUCUCUGGAAAUACCACCUGACACAUCACUUGACCAAGCACCCUACUGCGGCCUUUACGGCUUUUGCGGAUGACGAACAAGAACUCGUGGAGCUUGUUAUCGUGCCUCUGCUGGCUUUUGCCACGCUGUGGCUUGUCGGUCUUCCUCUUGGCUUUUAUGAGUGGUGGCUCUGUCUUGAGUAUAUCAACUUUGCUGAAAUUGCCGGCCAUAGUGGUAUUCGUGUGCAGUCUUUUGUUCCUUCGCCGGUUUUGUGGCUGCUGCUGCUUUGUGGGGCUGAGUUGGCUGUGGAGGAUCAUGACUUGCAUCAUCGGAGGGGAUAUCGGAAGAGUUUUAAUUACGGGAAGCAAACGAGGGUUUGGGAUCGGUUGUUUGGGACUUGUGGUGAGAGGGUAGAGGCAAAGGCGAUGAAUGUCGACUAUGAUAAGGUGGUGUGGAUGGACCUCUUCUAG